AGCUAUGACGCGGUUGCGCUGGCUCCGAGUUCGGGCCGAGCGGAAGUUGCCGGGGCUGUUUUGCACAGAGAUACAGUCGGUUUCCGGAUUAUCGAGCGGACCCGGUUCCGCCCUGUAAUAAGAUAAAGGCGCCACCCACAACAAAUGGAAGAACAGGUCACAGAGACAGGUAUGAUCUGGUGGGACUUGUCUUGAGCAGACCUGGAUGUGACCAGAGAUUGGGGAAAGUUUUUUUGAAUUUAUGCAGUUUUGCCAUGGGGAACAGUGCCCUGAAAGCUCACCUGGAAACUGCACAGAAGACAGGGGUGUUCCAGCUCACGGGGAAAGGCCUGAAUGAGUUUCCCAUGGACCUGCAGAAACUUGCAUCGAGUCUAAGGACGAUGGAUCUGUCAGGAAACAAGAUCGAGAUCUUGCCUUCUGUCAUUGGCCACUUCACAGCUUUGAAGAGUUUGAAUUUGAAUAGCAAUAAAUUGGCUGUUCUCCCAGACGAUGUGGGCAAGCUGAAGAAACUGGAGACUCUGCAUCUCAACAGUAACUCACUGAAACAACUCCCCUCCAGCUUUGGCCAGCUGGCAGCCCUGAAGACCCUGAAUCUCUCUGGGAACCAACUUCGGGAGUUUCCACUUCAGCUCUGCCACCUCCGACACCUGGAUGUGGUGGAUCUGUCCAAGAACCGAAUCCAGCGCCUUCCAGAUGAAUUGGAGCGGUUGCAAGCCAUUGAACUCAAUGUCAACCAGAACCAGAUCUCUCAGAUUUCAUCGCACAUCUCCCGCUGUCCACGGUUGAAGGUUUUGCGGAUUGAAGAGAACUGUUUAGAAAUCUCCAUGAUCCCUGUCAGUAUUCUGGCUGACUCCCAGAUCUCUCUGCUGGCUGUUGAAGGAAAUCUUUUUGAAAUUAAGAAUCUGCGAGAUCAGGAGGGUUAUGAUAAGUAUAUGGAACGUUUCACAGCAACAAAGAAGAAAUUCUCUUGAAGAUCCAAGGUCUCUGCCUUAGUCACAGGAUGAUGGCCCAGCUUAUCUGGGCAGCUGGUUAAAUGGUAGAAGUACCUUACAAUACACUAUACAGUGGAAGUGACUCCAACCCAUUGAAGAAAACUGUGGAAGGGCAGUACGAUGUGAUGCUAAGGGCCCCAGCCCUGCCUGUAUUCCAGUUAUUGGGGUUAGUAAAGUUGAUAUGCUACCUUUAAUCUAUACUUUAGUGUUUUUAAGCCACUGUGAACAUAGGGACACACACAGUCCUGCACACUCCUGACAGAAUCCACUACAGUUGCACCUUGUAUAAACAGUAGCACUUUGCACAUGACUUCCUGAGUUGGAAAAGGGGCUGGAAUUAUGUUAGGGUAGGGAGAUGGCUUGGGUAACUUGACUGUUCUUCACUGUAUUUCCUACUCCCAUAACUGGAGCUCUAUUCAGCUUGAAUCUGAUUUGCUGAUAAAGAGGCUGCUGCCUGGGAUCAGGACUGGUAUCUAAGCUGACAAGACUCAGCAUUCUUGGUUAAAGGUGAUGGUGCAGCUACAGCCCCUGUUCCAACUUCUUGUUGCUGAGUUCUGGCUCCAUUCCAUCCAUCAUUUCAAACAGCAUUGUGUAUAUAUAAAAUAAAAUACUUACAUAUAAAA